CAAAUUUGUGAGAGGCAAAAAAUGGGUCAUGAAAGUCAUUGAGGCAUCAAAGCCAGUGACUCAGCGGGAGUCGAGUCACAGCAUCCUUCCACCUCCAAGCUUCAAGGUUGUGUGUUGGAGUUGUGCCGACUCAAAACUCGCUGAAUCUAUCGAAUUACUACGCUCAAUGAGGGAAGCAACAUGUUGACCACAUCGCAAAGCACCCAAGGGCUCGAUAAUACUGGUACCGAAACUCGCACCACCCACGGUAAAAGCAGAUCUAUAAAAAACCAAUCCUCCAAUGGAAGUAACGCUGCCAUCAAUAAAGCCUUCUUCGGUGCCCCCAAAUUUCAUCUCUUUGCCGGCGUCUUUGUAUCGCUUUGUUUGUUGGCUGGUUGUGCGUUCAUGAUUGCUCAAUAUGAAGUUAAGCAGGAUAUGGGUACGAAGGGCGAGCAUCGCAAGCAAGAACUGAAUGCUUCGGAACCUGGCAGACCCUUGCCAGAAAACGUGACCAAGAAGAUCAGCAUCAAACAACAACCAUUUCCCAAACCUCAGAUCAGCAUCAAACAGCCCUUUCCCAAACCUCUCUUUGUGAUGAGUCUUCCGAACCAUGCUGACCUGGUGCUGCCACGAUAUUUUCGAUGUGCUGACAUGCCAACAGCACGCAUUGGUCGAUAUUGGAGCCGUCCAAGUGGUGGCAAGUCCACGGGUAGUAGUAGCAAGUCGCCUGGAAAGAGCAAGUCUCCAGGUCGACGAUCCAUUGGUGAAUGCUUUAAGAGAAAUAUGGAUCUGAAAGGGAAUAGAAGUAUCACGCAUGGGUGUGGGGACUUUUAUGCGUGGUUGGAUCUACAGCAUUUGGCUGGUCCCUAUACAAUGUUUCACAAAAACAAAACUGGAAGCUGCUUUGAUCCAGUUCUUUACCCUGGUGCAUUGGAGAGGCUCUACCAAGCUCAUCCCAACGCAACUAUCCUGAACUUUAUACAAGAUCCACAGGAUUGGUAUAGAACUCUUUCCAAGGAUUUCCCUUGGCAUUGGGCAGAGUGGUGCAAUCCAAGUCACGGCAAUUCAUUUCCUGAACAUGACAACCAAGACAACUAUGUUCAAUUUUACAACAAUUAUCAAAACAGAUUGCGAUCAUUCCUUCAACAGCAUCAUUCCUUGACCUACAUUGAAUUUGAUCUCAGAAACAGUCAAGAAUCCAUUGCCGCUGGACUCAUGCAGCAAUUGGGGAUUCCUGAGAAAUGUUGGACCAACUCCUUUGCUGCCAAGGUUCCAGAGAUCCCAGAUGAGGGCGACGAUGAUGCUUUUGAGGGUGAUACUAGUAAUGGAACUGGGGACUACAAAGUGAAGACAACAACAGGUUUGCUGUUGAACGAGCUGAGAUUCCCCAUUUUAGUGACUGCUCUUCCAAAAAGUGGGACCACAACAAUCUUUGAGUAUUUCCGAUGUGGCUUGGGGCACUGGACAGGUGCCCACCAACAUACACUGAACCUUACAAGCUUCAAGAGCACUACCAUUGGCUAUUGCAUGAUGGAAAACCUGAACAGUGGUCUACCGUUACUGCAUCACUGUGGCAAUGCCAGAGUCUUCUCUGACAUUGGAAUCUUCCUUGUUGUGAAGAAUUAUUGUUACUACCCAACACUUCAUGGUGGCUUGGAAGAGUUUGCCAAGGCAUAUCCUUAUGGGACCAUCUUGCAUUUGCGCCGAAAUGUCAAAAGUUGGUAUGACAGCUCCAAUCGAUGGUCAAAUCUCCUGGAUCGCUGGUCCGGCAGCAACAAGCUGUGUCAUGAUAUCUUUCCUCCUUCAAAGUCCAACCAAUCAGCGUGGGAGAAGUUUUACGGACACCAUGAUCAAAUUGUUGAGAACUUUGCACGAAAGCAUCCCAACAUUUCGUAUUUGGAUAUCCCUCUUGCAAAUGCCAAGACUGUGUUGCAUGAAACAUUUGGUUUUGCUCCGAGAUGCUGGGGACAUUCCAACAUCAACAAGGCAACCCCAGCAUCCAGUUGAGAACAUCUUCUGAGCUCGGCAUGCACCAUCAUCUCUAUUUUGUGAUGCUACGCCAAUUGGAGCCUGAGACGAAAUCCCGCAGUACGCUCAGCCCAUGGUGCCUUGUGUCUCAUUUCUCUUUUCUGGAGCAGACGUGAUGCAAAGCAGAAGUUAGGAUGCAUCCGAAGGGUCAGUUCGUGCAAUGUUGUAGACAAGGAUACCGCUCCUUAGGCUGUGGGGUUUGUAACAGGAUCAAGGCGGGGAAGCCCGUGCUAAUGUCGUCGCUAUAUGAAAUCAGCCUUGCGAAGUUUGUGAAACAGCAGCAGACACGCACCUUUGUUGCGGGUUAUCACUGCAUGCUUGGCUGUUUGGUCAGCUACGCUUAUCUCUAGAGUUAAGCGGCAGGUCUGGAUGGUGAUAUCCUUUUCGAUUGAGUAGUCUAGCUCUCAAUUGCUUGGGUGCAGGCCAUUUCCGUUUCAUGGAUCCAGAUCGACUCAGCGGACUGUUCCUCAGAAGUGGUCCUUGCUUGUGGCCUUGAUCCUUACGAGCCAAGCUAGGAAGAAUUAGAUUUGCCUGUAGCUCGCGUGAGAUCGUUCCUGCUUCUAGCUAGCUAGGCAGCUAGUGACCAUCGUUUGGUACUGGUAUGGUGCAGCGACAACCGUUUUCUCUCUGCGAAUUCUCUCGGCUUUCAAUAGAAUUCUAUUAGUACACGUUUUCUCUCGGCGAACGCAACGCACCGAAAUCCCGUUUCACCAGU